CGCCCGUGCGGUUGGGUGUUUGCGUGAGGCCGUGAGGGGUUGAGGAGGUCUGGGUGUACUAUGUUGGAUUGGUGGGCCUGAACUGGUGGGCUGGAUGGGCGCUUGUGUGCCCGGGCGUCUAUUUGUACCUGAAGUCUGACCUGACCUUGCUGCCGGAGAACACCCUGACUGCGAUGGCGGCGGCGGCGGCGGAAGCUCCGAGCGCAUCGGCCUCUUCCGCGGAGAACAGGCUCCUGCAGUCCCUCGCAGACCGCGGAUGGCGCUUCCAUGACCCCACCGACGAGGCCAUCCAGGCCCUGCUCCUCGCUUCCCCCACUCCCUCGUCGGAGGCCGUGGAGUCCGAGCUCGUCGACAUGGACUUGAGGUUGUUCGGCGUCAAGUACCUUCCCGACCGGGCCACCGCCGCCGCCACGUCGAAGCGGCUUUCAUACCUCCACGGUCCCGUCGUCUUGCAGGUAGUCUCUGUAAGGGAUAUAUAUCGCAGCAUCAUUGAUGCCUCCUUUAAGAACCCACAGCAGCGUCGUCUUCUGCGCUUUGGUCUGACUGAUGGGAUAUGUGAAGCAGUAGCCAUAGAGUUUUCUCCUAUCCCAUUCAUCACUGAAGAGAUAGCUCCAGGUGCCAAGAUUCGCCUUGAGAAUAAGAUUCCAAUCAAUAAUGGCAUAUUGUGCUUAAGCGCGAAAAAUGUGAGUGUCAUUGGGGGGACUGUCCAAUCAUUGUAUGAAGAAUGGCAGAUGAACCAGAAGUACUCUGGCUUAUCUCGUCCAUCCUUGAGGUUGUCUCAAAGUGAUGAUGGAGUUGGGCCUCCACCAUUUGAGAAGUUAGACAUUGAGGCACGUCCCUGCAGGGCAACCAAAGUUCAAGCAUAUCCUGCUAGGAAGUUGGCAGAUACUCAUGACCAUGCCCCAGUUAAUUCUGGUGGCAAACCAAUGAAUGAGGAUUCGAACGAUGUGAACAAAGACACUAUUGAAAGCAAGGCUGAAUCUAAGGAAAUUACUCAAGAUAGCAGACAAAAAGAAGUCAGUGAAGCUGUUCCUGUCCAAAACCAAGCUGCUGCUCAGAAGCUACUGCAGAAAAUGUCACAGGCUAUGCCUGAAGACAGGCGUGGUCGGGGUCAUAGAUUCAAGGGCAAAGGUAAGGAAGAAGAUGCUCAGGUUUUUACCCUUGAUGAAUGGGAGAAGAGGAAAGCCAUUGGUUUGAAGCCCGCAGCAGAAAGCUAUGUGCAUGACACUAGCCGAGAUGAGGAGUUGGCAAGGCAACUGCAGGAACAACUAGAUCUAGAAGAUAUGCAUGGUGGGGCAGAUGUUUUCAGUGGUGGGGCGGAGAGUUCAGAUGCUGAACGUUUACGGAUGAGCAUGUUCAGCUUCAGUGGCCCUGAUGAAGCAGGUGGUGGUAGAAGAGAUUUUCGAGGCAGGGGCCGGGGCAGGGGAAGGGGCCGAGGACGAGGAAGGGGCAGAGGAAGAUUUUAGUCCAGCGAUACAGUUGGAGGUUUAGGUUUAUAGGUUUGUUGUGUGUUCAGUGUAGUGCACUGGUUGUAGGGGUAAAAGUGGUACGAUGAUGACCUUCUCAAAUCAUGUGCCCAUUUUCACUAGCCUAAGCCUAAUGGAUAAGGCUGAUGCUAGUAGUUAGAUUAAGGAACAAUUUGUAGACUUCCUGUUUUUUUGUUCUAUUCUUAGAUGCAGGUGUACAUCGUACAUGGUUUGCACAAACGAAUUGAAGUCUGAAAUUUUCAUGACUUCUAUCUUCUGUUUACUUGUGCUGUUCAUCCAUUUGAAACAUGUUGAUGUAUACUGUAUACAAUA